AUGUCCGUGUCCCUUUACAACGCCUGCGCUGUUGUGGGUGCAUCCACCCUCAGCUACAUCUCCUUCAAAACCCUUUCUACUCUUCUUUUCUACCUGCACUCCUCCAAGAUACAGCGUUAUCACCAUGGGCACGAACCCUGGGCUCUGGUCACCGGCGCCAGUGACGGUAUCGGCCUGGAAUUCGUGAACCAACUGGCCCAGCGUGGCUUCAAUGUCAUCCUGCACGGCCGCAGCGAGACCAAGCUUAAGAAAAGGCUCUCGGAGCUGCAGCCGAAAUACAAGACCAGCUUCAAGUUGCUUGUCCUCGAUGCCACCGCGCCGGCUACUCCGGAAUUUGACGAGACGGUCCUCUCGGCCGUGCAGGGUCUCAAUCUGACAGUCGUGAUCCACAAUGUCGCGGGGAACGGUGAGGCAAAGGUCGACAUGCCUAUGUUCUUGGACUUCUCUGCGAAGCAGUGCGACGGCUGGAUCGAUGUCAACGCUCGCUUCACCACGCACCUUACGCGGCUGCUUUUGCCGGUGUUGCUCAAGAGCCAGCCCGGCCUGAUGCUGUUCAUGAGCAGUGCUGUGACGGAGAUGGCCUCCCCGGGCGCCUCCUUGUACACUGGGGCCAAGGCCUAUCUCGAGGCGCUGACGAAAUGUCUGAACGUGGAGAUGAAAAUGCAAGGCCACGACAUUGAGAUGAAGUCUCUGACGACGGGCAUGGUGGCCACGACGCAAACAGGCAGGUCUGAGAAGGACGUCUCCUUCGUGGUGGCGAGCACGCGGGCGUUCGUCCGCGCCACUCUCGCACAGGUGGGCUGGAGCUGGGGGACUCCGAGAAUCACCCCGUACAUCGGACAUUGGGUGCAGUUCGGCUUGAUCACGAGUCUGCCAACCAGGCUGCAGGACAUGAUUGUCAUUUCGAUGGUGAAAAAGGUACAAGCACAGAUGGCCAAGCGGGACUAG